GUUUAUCAGCUUUUCAGAAUUAUUUGUUAAGUAUAUUAAUCUGAGAGGAUCACGUGGAUCCUUUCAAACAGCAAACAUUAAUUACAAAUGUUUACUUUAUUUUGCUGCAUGUCUAGUGUAGAUCAGAUCAUGUGGACGUAUUAAGUUGAUGCACGUGCUGAUAAAUACCAACGCAAGGUUCUACUAAAAAAACGCACAUAAAUACUAAAUUUUGCAGUGAAAAUGUAUGUAGUAUUGCCAAAGUCUUCUGGCAUUGUAAAACCAUCGCCAAUGACAGGGUUAUGGAUCAUAAUUUUGCUGUAUUAUUGCAGUGCUGCGGUAUGUUGUAUAAAAAUAAAUUUCGAAAGCAUUGAGCAAACCUUUGGUGAAGAUUUUAUGGUGUGCGAUGUGCGGGUACGCAAGUUUAAUAGAACGAGCAGUGUUUUGAAUGGUACCUUCUAUGUUUUGCACGACACGACCAACGAUGUGAAGUACCAAGUUGAUAUGUACUACAGUCGUCUCGGUAAUCAACAAUAUAACUAUAUGCCAAUGAAACUACCGUCCGCCGGCAUAUGUGCAUUCGUUAAUAAUUUGCAUUCGUCUUUCCCUGAGAUAGCGGCGAUCUUCGUCAAUUUUCCUGGUGUCAAUGAGUGCCCUAUCACCGCCAGGGAAAUACACGUUUUAGAUCAAGAAUUUCCAUCGACGAUGUGGCCAGUGGUAAUGCAAAAAACGGGCCUGUGGAAGUUGGACAUAAUUGGUGUGUUAAGGAAAACGUCCCAUCUUGCAUUUAACAUCGUCCUGAGGGCUACCAAUGAUUGAGGGCUGUCGGAACCGUACAAAAG